AUGAAGAGCGGUGGUUUGGGCGCGGUUCCAUCCUACGGCGUCCCCGCAAAACGACGGUGGCGAGGUUUCGUAAUUGCGGUUCUCGGUCUCGUCAUUCUCUCCAUGCUCGUCCCUCUCGUCCUCUUGCUCGGUCUCCACAACGGUUUUCACUCUUCCGGAUACAUAUAUGAACAGAGAAGUACUCCUUCGAGUCAUAAAGUUCUUGAAAAGUUAUGA